UAUGGGGACAUCCCUUAUUGGAGUGCUGACAGUGUGGCCGUAUGCUGUUUCCUGAACCCCGAAAAUAAAGGUCCAUUUCUUUUUAGAAACCCGUGCAACCAUUGCAGAAGCAUUCUCAAAUGGGAGAUAAACCAAAACGCUGCGUGCGCUGGAAUCUAAAAAUGGAUUCUUCAACGAGCUCUUCUUCUUCGAGCAGUGAUUCGUUGUCCAGCGGCGAUUCUUCGUCGAGCAGCACCGAAUCGGAUCCGUCGUUCCGCCCAAGUCGCAUUAUAGUCUUGUUUCCAACGGUUUCCUCAAGCUCAAGAUCGAGCAGUCCGGACUCCAACGAACCCUCGACAUCCACGGGAAUACGUGGAGGUUGUGGACGAAUCCCGAGCAGUCCGGACUCCAACGAACCCUCGACAUCCACGGGAAUACGUGGAGGUUGUGGACGAAUUUCGAGCAGUCCGGACUCCAACGAACCCUCGACAUCCACGGGAAUACGUGGAGGUUGUGGACGAAUUCCGAAAAGCAAGAAUUCUGGAGGCGGUCCGCCGAACAAACGGGCCAAAUCUGGUGCCGCAGAGGCCUCGAGCUCCACCACCGAGCCCUACAACUGUCCCGUGUGCCUGGAAGAUGUGCGUCGUAACGCACCGGUGUCCACCACAUGUGGCCAUAUUUUCUGCAGGCGCUGCUUUCUGCGUGUCAUUAGAGCUACGUCAAAGUGCCCGAUGUGCGGUAUUAACUCACCUGAAUAUCAUCGAGUUUACAUGUAAGCCUAUGACUAGGCAGAAAAGCUUCAUAAGUUCCUUAACAGA